GGAGAGCAGGCUCUGCUGGGAGUGAGAAUGCUCAGGAUGUCCAUCUGCCUGCCAAAACUGACCAGGGUGGUGCUGAGCCACAGGCUCAGGGCUCUGAUUAUCCUCGCCUUUAAGUUCACAUCCUUUGCUUCCAUCAUGUUGUACUGGAGAAUCACAGAGGACCCUAAGGGCAGGGGCCAGGUCUGCAGUUUACCAGUUGAAAUCCACUGUGCUCACUUUGUGCCUUCUCCUCCGCACGCCAUUGCUGACGUGCCACCUCCUUCCCCAGGGGAUGUGUUUUUUGUGGAGACCUCAGAGCAAACUAGUCCAAGUUACCUGUUCACAUGCUCUGUGGAGUCAGCGGCCAGGACGCACCCUGAGACAAGGGUCGUGGUGCUCAUGAAAGGUUUGGCAAACAGUAACGCCUCCUUACCCAACCACUGGGGCUUUUCGUUGCUGAGCUGCUUCCCCAACGUGGAAAUCCGGCCCCUGGACUUGCCAGAGCUUUUCUCUGGAACACCUCUGGCAAAGUGGUACUUGCAGGCUCAGCAGCGCUGGGAGCCUUAUUUCUUACCCGUUCUGUCUGAUGCCUGCAGAAUUGCCAUCAUGUGGAAAUUUGGUGGCAUCUACCUGGACACAGAUUUCAUUGUGCUUAAGAAUUUAAAGAACCUCACCAAUGUGCUUGGUACCCAGUCCAAGUAUGUACUGAACGGAGCCUUCCUGUCCUUUAAGCCCAAACACAAGUUCAUGGAGCUUUGCAUGAAGGACUUUGUGGAGAACUACAACAGCUGGAUCUGGGGGCACCAGGGCCCACAGCUCCUAACACGUGUCUUCAAGAAGUGGUGCUCCAUGAGGAGUCUUCGGAGCAGGACGAGCUGCAAAGGAGUGAGUGCUCUGCCCCGUGAGGCUUUUUAUCCCAUUCGGUGGCAGGACUGGAAGAAAUACUUCGAAGUGGUCAGCUCCUCAGAGCUUCACCACCUCUUUAAUAACACCUAUGCAGUGCAUGUGUGGAACAAGAAGAGCCAAGGGACAAGGCUAGAGAUCACAUCCCAGACAUUGCUGGCUCAGCUGCAUUCUCAUUUCUGUCCUGCCACGUACGAUAUCAUGAAGAAGGACUUCCAACGGUAG